AUGUGAGCCACAAAGAAGAAAAAGAAGCGAGAGACGUGUGAUUCGAAGUUUUCUUUUCUUUCUUUUCAGUCUGGUUGUUGAUUGUUGAUUUUCGUCGUUCCCAAUCCAUUCUGCUUAAGAUGGAGAAGGGGUCGCCUGAAGAUCCAGGUCCGUCCCAACUCGACAACGAGGCCGUCCAUCCGAAAGCAUCAACGGAACAGAAUAAUGCUUCUGAGCACUCUGCACAAGCGCAAGGCACCGAAAACACCGAGUAUAUCACUGGAGCGAAGUUGCUCGCGCUGGAUGGUAGUUUGAUACUCGCUUGCUUUUUGAUAUUGCUGGAUACAUCCAUUCUUGGGACGGCAAUACCUCAAAUUACGAGUGAUUUCGAAUCUCUGGCAGAUGUCGGUUGGUAUGCGGGUGCUUACCCUCUUGCGAAUGCUGCAUUGCAGCCACUUACGGGGAAGUUGUAUACGUACUUUCGUGCAAAGUACAUCUUCCUGAUCUUCCUCUUCAUAUUCGAGCUCGGUUCGCUCAUCUGCGGCGCCGCGCAAUCCUCCUCCAUGCUCAUCGCUGGUCGAGUCAUCUCCGGCCUAGGGGCAUCAGGUCUGAUGAAUGGCGCGAUGACCAUCAUCGCCGGCAGCACGCCUCUCGAGAAGCGACCUCUUCACAUCGGCAUCAUGCUAGGCAUUUCAUCAAUCGGCCUCGUCGCGGGUCCCCUGGUCGGCGGCGCAUUCACGCAGUACGCAACCUGGCGCUGGUGCUUCUACAUCAACCUGCCCGUCGGCGGCAUCACCGCCAUCCUGCUCCUCAUCAUCCACAUCCCCGACCUGACCUACAAAGCCCCAGUCACAAUGUCUCUGAUCCGGAAAGUCGUGCCCGAGCUCGACCUCUUCGGCUUCGUGCUGUUCGCCCCCGCGGCACUCAUGUUUCUCCUCGCGCUCCAGUUCGGCAGCGAGGGCACCCACGACUGGGGCGAGGCGACGAUCAUAGGCCUCUUCUGCGGCGCCGGCGUCACGGCAAUCGUCUUCAUAGCGUGGGAAUGGCAUAUGGGUGAUCGCGCAAUGAUCCCCGGCUCAAUGGUUCGCCAGCGCGUGGUGUGGAGCAGCGCGACCGUCAAUUUGUGUCUCCUGGGGACGAUGGUCACCGGCGCGUACUACCUCCCGAUGUACUUCCAAGCCGUCAGGGGCGUAGGGCCCUCGCUGAGCGGGGUGUAUACGCUCCCUGCUAUCGUGGCGCAGUUGAUCACUGCGAUGGUGUCUGGUGUUGGCAUUUCGAAAAUGGGAUACUACCUCCCGUGGGCCAUCGUCGGCGGCGUCUUGUCGACGGUGGGCAACGGCCUGAUAUCAACGCUCAAAGCAUCUACUUCCAACGCGACGUGGAUAGGCUUCCAGAUCAUCUUGGGUGUCGGCCGCGGCGCAGGCAUGCAAGUUGCCUCGAUAGCAGUCCAGAAUUGUCUCCCGCCCCAUCAGAUCCCAAUCUCCCUCGCCUUCCUCAUCUUCUCGCAGAACCUCGCCGCUUCGAUCUUCAUGGUCAUUGCGUCGACUAUCUUCACGCGCUCGCUGGUAUCGGAGGUCAAGAAGCAUGUGCCGUCUUUGGAACCACAGCGUGUCUUGGACGCAGGUGGCGUGGCGACUGCGGUUAGAGCAUUGGUUCCGGAAGGCGGGGAGGAUUUGAAGGGGUUGUUGAGGGCGUAUGAAGGGAGUUUGGCGAGGGUUUGGUGGGUGCUUGCUGGGUUGACGGGCGUGGCGCUGUUUGCGUGUUGGGGGAUGGGCUGGAAGGAUGUAAGGAAGCAGAAGCAGAAGCAGGGGAAGGAGGGUGACGGUGGGGAUGGGGGAGAGAAGGUGUAGGCGAAAAGGUUAGGUUUUUAAUUCAUAGAUUAUUAGAAUUGUUGUUAAGCGUCGUUUGAACAUCUUCUUCAGUUUAGGAUACUAGGUUCUUCGUAGGUAUUCGCAUCACUCGAUGACUUCUUUUAAUCAUCCUUUCAAGCAGGCACUGGGUUAUCAUGUUUAGUGUGGAAGUCAGAACUGGCUCAGCAAGAUAAUAAAGAGAGGAGAAAUAAAAUUCAUGAAU